AUGUCUUUCAAACACCAUCAACUUCACAUAAUUUUCUUACCCUAUAUGGCCCCAGGCCAUAUGAUGCCAAUGGUUGACAUAGCUAGAGCCUUUGCAACCCACGGCAACACCAAAGCCACCAUAAUCACCACCCCGACGAACGCCUCCCGUUUUAACGACACCAUCACCAGAGACACCGAUAACUCAGGGCACCAAAUCACAUUCCUUACAAUCUCUCUACCAUUAAAGGAAGUAGGCCUCCCUGAAGGGUGUGACAACCUUGUAUCCACUUCGACACGUGAGACUACCUUCAAGCUCUUUCGAACCAUCGAAAUGUUGCGCCCUAUGCUUGAGACGAUGUUGGUUGAUAACAAACCAGAUUGCAUUGUGUCUGAUUAUCUUUACCCUUGGACCGUUGACGUAGCCAAGAGGCUAGGAAUUCCAAGGUUGGCAUUUAGUGGUGGUUGUUUUUUUAAUUGUUGUCUUAGUUACAAUCUAGAGCAGUUUCGACCUCAUGACCGUGUCGAAUUCGAGCGCCAACCCUUUGUUGUUCCGAAUUUGCCCGAUGAAGUAACAUUGACAAGAUCACAACUUCAAGAUCUUGUUAAGAGAAACACCGAUUUUAAUGAAUUGUUUGAAAGACUUAGAAAAGCUGAAAAAAACAGUUUUGGUGUACUAAUGAAUAGUUUUUAUGGUUUAGAGUCUGCUUACGUGGAUUAUUUUAGAAAUGAGAUGGGAAUCAAGUCAUGGCACAUUGGUCCGUUGUUUCUCUUCAAUAAGCCUACGUUAGACGAUAAAGUCGAACGAGGCGACAAGAGUUCGAUUGAUGCACAUAAAUGCUUACAAUGGCUUGAUUCAAAGAAGCCUAACUCUGUUCUUUACAUUUGUUUUGGAAGUUUAAGCCGGUUUACGAAAUCUCAGCUCAUAGAAAUGGCUAGUGCUCUUAAUGAUUCAGGGUGCUCUUUUAUUUGGGUAUUAGGGAAAGUCAUGAAAUCUAGUGAAAAUGAUAAUAAUGACCAAAUUAGCCAAGAUGAUCAAGAAGAAAUUGAAGAAGAGCAACAACAUUGGUUGCCUAAUUGGUUUGAAGAGACCUUGUUAGAAAAUAAAGAUAAGGGGCUUGUUAUAAAAGGGUGGGCCCCACAAUUACUAAUCCUCGAGCAUCCAGCAAUAGGAGGGUUCUUAACACAUUGUGGAUGGAACUCGAUACUAGAAGGGGUAUGCGCGGGUGUACCGUUGGUCACAUGGCCAUUGUUCGCCGAUCAAUUCUACAACGAAAAACUUGUUACACAAGUCCUUAAAAUCGGAGUUGAAGUAGGAAACAUGGUGUGGAAAACGUGGGCAACGGAUGAAACAGAGUUGAUUCAAAAGGAGAAGAUUAAGAUAGCCAUAGAAAGGGUAAUGGGAGGAGGAGAAGAAGCAGAAGAAAUUAGAAGAAAGGUAAAGGAGUUUAGUGAGUUAGCAUACAAAGCUAUAGAAGAAGGGGGGUCCUCAUAUAACGAUGUUAAUGAACUACUUAAGGAAAUUAGCAUGCACAAACAAUAUUAUAUGUUGAAAGAAUAGAAUUAAUAUAUUAGCCACAAAACUUUAUUAUAGCUAUAUGUCACGUGCUGACUAAUUCCCCUAGUCUUAUGCACGCUAGCCUACUAACUUCCCUCCCUCGGAUGCUAGUCAAGGCUUAACCCCGAAACGCUUCAAGCAAGAAUGUGCAACGAAAGCUAAGGAAUGUUGAGAACACAAGAGGAUAUAAAUAUUUUGAAUGCUUUGAUAGCUUGAGAGAGAGUGUUUACAAGUAUUUUCUGAGGUGCCUCCAAAUGAAGGCCAAGUCCCCUAUUUAUAGUGUUCUAAGCAUGGCCUAGAACCUUCCCUAACCUCCUCAAAUGGAGGGUUCUAGAUCUAAUCCUUUCUAGAGUAUUCUAUACAUUUCUUUAGUACAUUCCCUCUAUAUACAAGGCUCUAGAAUUAUCUACUCAACUCUAGAUUUACAGAUGAUUCAAGGAUGUCCUAGGAGGUUCUAGAAGCUUCCGGAUGCAUCUCGAGUCUCCUUGAGUAUUCUGGAA